CCGUCUUCAGCGAAACGGUCGGAGACGUCGCAUCGUCAUCGCUAGGGUCGCUCGGCGAGAGAGAGAACAUGUCUGUCACUCUCCGGGCCAAGGUGGCCAUCCUAGGUGACCGCGCGGUUGGCAAAACCGCAUUCACGCAGAUGUUUCACAGCAAGGGCAAACUGUUCCCGAAGAACUACAAGCUCACGGGUGGAAUGGACGUCGUCGUCGCCCCGGUUCCGAUCGAAGGCACGAAAGCAGUCGUGGAGCUGUACGUGUGCGACGUCUCCGGGCACGAGAUGUUCAGCGACAUGAUGCCGAUCCUGCUCGAGAACGUGAACAUGGUCAUCUUGGUAUACGACCAGAGCAGCAGAGAGAGCUUCGAUAAGUGCGCAUCGUGCCUGGAAGCGCUGAAGGCGGUGCCGUCGAACAAAGGGAAGGCGAUACGAGGCGUUUUAGUCGGGAACAAGUACGACCUCUUGCGUCGACGGGGGGUGAGCGUGGAAGAGGCGACGCGCUGGGCGGAGUCGAGGCAGCUCGUUUUCAUGGAAACGUCUGCGCUGCCUCCGGGGAAAGACAUCGCGGCUCCGUUCAAGUGGUGCGCCAACGCGUUCCACGAGUCGUACGAGGCGAGGUUAGUGCAGCUUGAUAACGCUGCGUGAUUAUUUACGAUCGUGUGAAAUCGGUCCGUAGAUGAAUGAUUAGCAUUCCGUAAUUCGAAAGAAUAUAGCUAUAUGGUC